GGCUAAAACCAUUUAAUCGAGAUGUUGAAAUUUGUAGCACUUCUUUGCUUGGCCGUUUGCGCCUUGGCAGGCACCGUGCCGGAGGGUCUGCUGCCCCAGCUGGAUGGCCGCAUUGUUGGUGGCUACGAGACCAGCAUCGAAGAUCAUCCCUACCAGGUGUCGCUGCAGCGCAACGGUGCCCACUUCUGCGGUGGCUCCAUCUACUCGCACGACAUCGUGGUCACUGCCGCCCACUGCUUGCAGUCGAUCUCAGCCGAGCAGCUGAAGGUGCGCGUGGGCAGCACCUACUGGCGAUCCGGCGGCAGCGUGCACUCGGUGCGUGCUUUCAGAAACCACGAAGGCUACAACCCCAGGACUAUGAUCAACGACGUGGCUGUUAUUCGCAUGUCCUCGUCCAUCAGCUACCGCUCGAGCGUUCGUGCGAUUCGCAUUGCCGACAGCAAUCCUCGUAAUGGCGCCGAGGCUGUUGUCUCUGGCUGGGGCACUACUCAGUCCGGUGGCUCCAUUCCCGAUCAUCUGCUGGCCGUGAGGCUGAGGAUUGUUGAUCGUGAAGAGUGCGCCUCCAAGGAGUACAGCUACGGUAGGCAGAUCAAGGACACCAUGAUCUGCGCCUACGCCGAGCACAAGGAUGCCUGCCAGGGCGAUUCCGGUGGCCCAUUGGUCUCUGGUGAUCGUCUGGUCGGUGUUGUUUCCUGGGGCCAUGGCUGCGCUGAUGUCAAGUACCCCGGUGUCUAUGCUGAUGUCGCACACUUCCACAGCUGGAUCGAGAGGACCGCUGACGAGCUGUAAGCUAGCUCAACUAAGCAUGAACUGUUCAAAGCCCCACAAUAAAUUGCGCUACAAUCU